CCCUCAUCAAAUUGCAUUGUCUUCGUCAUUCUCUCUUUCUCUCUCUUCUUUCUCUCUCUAGAGAACUUGAACCUAUAGAGCAACCAAACCCAACCCUGUUCUCUCUUUCUCUCUCUCUCUCUCUCUCUCUCGUCCCUCUCUGUGUGCGGAGUGAGAAGAGGCCUUUUUCUUUUUGUGCUUGAUUUGCAGAUCCCUGAUUUUUCGUAUUUGUGGGCAUGUCAUGGAUAUUGUCUCUUAAAAAGAAUAGAAGCAUUGUUCCUGUUCAACAUUUUAUUCAGAAUUUAGUUUGUAUACUUAUGCAUUUGAGAUGGGUUCUCGAGGAAGGCUAUUAUUUGAUCUCAAUGAGCCACCUGCAGAGGAUAAUGAUGAGAGAGAUGAUGUUGUCCGCUUCCAGCUGCAAAAGACACACCCAUCGUCAAAUCCCCAUACUUCUGACUUACUCGCCGCAUCAACUUCCGCCCAAGGAAUAGCAAAUAAUCAUGCAUUUUCACAUGCCUCAUCUGUCUCUGGAUUUCAACCUUUUGUUCGGCCUAAAUCUGCUUCUGGCCCUGACACAGAUUCUGAAAUGGAGAGAGCAGGAGAUCAGGAUGUAAAGUCUUCCUCUAAGUCUAGUAAAGAUGAGGAUGUUAAAGUCAUGGAUUCACGGAUAUUGAGUUCUGCAAAUGCUCAAUCUGCUGAUAGGGAAGAAGGGGAAUGGUCUGAUGAGGAGGGCUUAACUGAUGCAAAUGGAGGUAGUAACUUGCUACAACAAAGUCAAUCAUCAGAACAGAAAGCAACGUCUGGAAUGGUGGAUGGGUGUGUUGCAUUGGCUUCUGACACUAAGGCUAGCAAUGUUAUGAGUUAUGAUACUAUAAAAGAUGAAAAGAGUACCCAUGCUUCAGUAGGUCUAGAAUCAAAUUCUAGUGGACAGAAAAGCAAUGGUAUCCCAGAUUCACAAAGCAAUGUAAAAAAUGAAACUUCUACUGAUGCGCUGGAGGCACCUAGUGUAGUUCCUAAGCAAAAAGAAGUGAAGGGUAUUGAAGCAACUGAUGCGACGGAGGCACCCAGUUUAGUUCCCAAGCAAAGAGAAGUGAAGGGUAUUGAAGCCAGUCAUGCACUCAGGUGUGCAAAUAAUCUUGGGAAGAGGAAGAUUGACCAACGUAAAGAGGAAAUGUUGGGAAAGAAACGUAAUAGACAGACCAUGUUUCUUAACUUGGAAGAUGUCAAACAAGCUGGUCCUAUUAAAACAUCGACCCCUAGAAGGCAGACUUUUGCAUCACCUCUUAUUAGCCGUACUGUGAAGGAAGUCCGUACUGUUCCUGCACAAGUUGAGCGUGUUGGAAUAGCUAAGGAUUUAAAACAAAUUAAUGGAUCAAGUGGUGAAGGUGGCACCCAAGCUGAAGUGCAUGAACUUAAAACUGAUAGUAAUGUUGAUAAUUCUGGACCACUUGGUAGGUCUAAGCGGAUAUCCAAUGAGACAGAACCUCCUACAGAGGUCAAUUUACCACCCAUUCUGAGACAGGGUUCAUGGAAACAACCAACAGAUUUGAGGCAGCAAAAGAAUGUACUCACUUCCAAUAGGAAGUUGGGACUGAGUGGUCAGAACUCCAAUGAUAUCAAGCUCGGAAACAAGAAAUUUCCUUCUACCAAGAAACAGACUCCUAUCAGUGUCCAGUCCCAGGACACAUCUGUUGAACGCCUCAUACGGGAGGUGACCAGUGAAAAGUUUUGGCAUCACCCAGGGGAGACUGAGUUACAAUGUGUUCCUGGACGGUUUGGAUCAGUGGAAGAGUAUAUUCGAGUAUUUGAACCUUUGCUUUUUGAGGAAUGUCGGGCUCAACUUUACAGUACAUGGGAAGAAUCAACAGAAACAGUGUCAAGGGAUACUCAUAUUAUGGUGCGAGUGAAGGCAAAUGAGUCGAGAGAAAGAGGUUGGUAUGAUGUGAAAGUCCUUCCAGUACACGAGUUCAGAUGGUCAUUUAAGGAGGGUGAUGUUGCAGUCCUUUCGACCCCCAGGCCUGGAUCUGUCAGAGCCAAGCAGAACAGUUCAUCUUUAGCUCAGGAUGAUAGCGAAUCAGAAAUCACUGGACGUGUGGUGGGUACAGUUAGGCGACACAUCCCUCUUGAUACCCGGGAUCCUCCUGGUGCAAUUCUCCAUUACUAUGUUGGGGACUCCUAUGAUCCUAGCAGGGUUGAUGAUGAUCAUAUUGUAAGAAAACUUCAAAUUGGAAGCAUAUGGUACCUCUCAGUGCUUGGAUCUCUAGCUACAACGCAGAGGGAGUAUAUUGCUCUUCACGCAUUUCGUCGCUUAAAUUCGCAGAUGCAAACUGCAAUCCUUCAGCCUAGUCCUGAACACUUCCCAAAAUAUGAGCAACAGGCCCCAGCCAUGCCUGAAUGCUUCACGCCAAACUUUGUUGAAUAUCUGCACAGAACCUUCAAUGAACCCCAGUUAGCAGCAAUCCAAUGGGCAGCUAUGCAUACAGCUGCUGGUACUAGUGGGGCAACAAAGAGGCAAGAUCCUUGGCCCUUUACCCUGGUUCAAGGACCUCCAGGAACAGGAAAAACACAUACAGUAUGGGGGAUGUUGAAUGUUAUUCACCUUGUGCAGUAUCAACACUACUACUCCUCUUUGCUUAAGCAUGUAGCUCCUGAAAGCUACAAACAAGCUAAUGAGAUCAAUUCAGAGAGUGCCCCCACAGGAUCUAUUGAUGAAGUUCUUCAAAACAUGGACAGAAAUCUCUUACGAACUUUGCCUAAACUUGUCCCUAAACCUAGAAUGUUAGUUUGUGCUCCUUCUAAUGCUGCCACUGAUGAGCUUCUUUCCCGUGUCCUUGAUCGUGGAUUUAUUGAUGGAGAGAUGAAAGUAUAUCGGCCUGAUGUAGCUCGAGUUGGGGUUGAUUCUCAGACGCGUGCUGCCCAAGCAGUUUCUGUUGAGCGGAGAACUGAACAGCUUCUUCUCAAGACUCAUGAUGAGGUUGCGGGAUGGAUGCAUCAGUUAAAGACCCGUGAAAUACAAAUGACUCAGCAGUUACAAUGUCUUCAUAGAGAACUAAAUGCUGCUGCUGCUGCUGUUCGUUCCCAAGGAGCUGUUGGUGUUGACCCUGACGUUCUGAUGGCCCGAGAUCAGAAUCGAGAUGCUUUGCUACAGAACAUUGCAUCUAUAGUUGAAAGCAGGGACAAGAUUCUGGUUGAGAUGUCUCGCCUUGGCGUUUUGGAAGGCAAGUUUCGACCUGGUAGUGGUUUCAACUUGGAAGAAGCUCGUGCAACUUUGGAAGCUAGUUUUGCCAAUGAAGCUGAAAUAGUUUUCACAACAGUUUCUAGCAGUGGCCGCAAGUUGUUUUCUCGUCUUUCCCAUGGUUUUGAUAUGGUGGUCAUUGAUGAGGCAGCCCAAGCCAGUGAGGUGGGAGUUCUGCCUCCCCUCUCUCUUGGUGCAGCACGGUGUGUUCUUGUUGGAGAUCCUCAGCAGCUUCCUGCUACAGUUAUCAGCAAGGCUGCAGGAACAUUGAUGUAUAGUAGGAGUCUUUUUGAAAGGUUCCAACAAGCAGGAUGCCCAACAAUGUUGUUGUCUGUGCAAUAUAGAAUGCAUCCCCAAAUUCGGGAUUUCCCUUCUAGGUACUUUUAUCAGGGGCGCCUUACUGACAGUGAAAGUGUAGUUAAAUUGCCUGAUGAACCAUACUACAAGGACCCUUUACUUAGACCUUAUUUAUUCUAUGAUAUCAGACAUGGGCGGGAGUCUCACAGAGGUGGAUCUGUCUCUUAUCAAAACAUACAUGAAGCACAAUUUUGUCUCCGGUUGUAUGAGCAUGUUCAGAAAUCAGUGAAAUCUUUGGGUUUAGCGAAGAUUACUGUUGGCAUAAUUACUCCUUACAAGCUGCAGUUAAAAUGCCUCCAACGUGAGUUUGAAGAAGUCUUAAAUUCAGAAGAAGGGAAGGACAUAUAUAUCAAUACAGUAGAUGCUUUCCAAGGUCAAGAACGAGAUAUCAUUAUAAUGUCUUGUGUGCGUGCAUCCAGUCAUGGGGUUGGCUUUGUUGCAGAUAUACGUCGAAUGAACGUUGCCCUUACUCGUGCAAGAAGGGCCCUUUGGGUCAUGGGAAAUGCAAGUGCUCUGGUUCAAUCUGAAGAUUGGGCUGCUUUGAUUGCUGAUGCCAAAUCCCGAAAAUGCUAUAUGGAAAUGGACUCUCUUCCUAAGGAAUUUCUGGCGCCCAAGGGACCUGUUCACGCACCAUUGCCUGGUAAGGUUUCAUCGAAUAUGAGGGGCUUGAGAUCAGCUGGACCAAGAUAUAGACCAAUGGACAUGAAUAUGGAGUACAGGUCUGAUGACGAUGAGAAGAUGAGUGCUUUAGUAAGCUCCCGGAAUGGAAACCACCGUCCUUCAAGGUAUUCAAUGGAGAAUUCCUUAGAUGAUUUUGAUCGUUUGGGUGAUAAAUCCAGAGAUGCCUGGCAGCAUGGCAUGCAGAGGAAGAACUCAACUGGAAACCUGGGGAAAAGAGAUGUAUAGCCAUUGAUCCUCUGCAGAUUCUUCUUGUGCAUCACAUCACCUGGGGAGCUUUAUUGGUUAUUUGAUUCAUGGGCUAUCUCUUAUUUCCUCAUUCUGUGAUCUCCCCUGUUGAAAGCUCUCUGCCGGAAUAUCCGGAAACUCGGGGCUCUCGGCGAAGCUGUUUGAGCCACAUAGACAGCAUUGGCGGAGGGAGGAAGGAACGUGUAAUCGGAUGAACCUACAUUCUUGCAUUUAACAUAUGUUUGUGUUGGUUCUAACAAUCUUGUGACUCAUCUGGAUGUGUUGGGGGGGGAAGACUGCAGCCAUUGGCAGCCGAAUUUACAAGGAAAUGGAUGGAACAGAGCGUUUUUUUGAGGCCCUUUCAGUGAAAGGAAAACUGCGUGGGGGGUUCUAGGGAUCUAAGGAAGGCAGUUUCAACUGAUGACUUUGUAUAUACAUGGCAUCUUCACAACAUGUUUUAGCAAAGGUUUUUUUUGUUUCAUAUUUCAUCACAAGCAGAAGUGUUUUGCUUCCAAAGUAGAAGAAGAAAGGAAAUAGAGGGGUUACACCCAUUUUGUUAUAUUACUUGCAAUGCAUCAAAUGUGCUUGUAUGAAGUUUUUUUUAUUAUUUUAUUAUUUAUUUAUUUA